GAAUGGUUAAGAUUAUGACAUGUUUGGAUAAUAGGAAGAACAAUAAGAACAUUAACAAAACAAAGAUAUGAAACAUGGUGGCAAUGGCCAUGGUUGCAGCGCAACAAUUCCUAUGCUUCUCAAAAUCAAAUUGUAGAAUCACAACAACAAGACCAUGCAUUCCUCUUCAUCAUUUCAGCUCAACACUUCUACGCUCACGCAAUAACAAGAUUCAGUUUCCACUCAUUUCAUACUCUUCUUCUUCAUCACAGACACCAGAAACUGAAACUGAAACUGCUGAAUCUUGUGUCAAUUUGGGUCUUGAGCUAUUUUCCAAAGGAAAGGUUAAAGAUGCUUUGGCCCAGUUUGAAACAGCACUUUCUUUGAAUCCUAAUCCUGUUGAGGCCCAAGCUGCAUUCUAUAACAAAGCUUGCUGUCAUGCAUACAGAGGAGAAGGAAAGAAAGCUGCCAAUUGUCUCCGCACUGCUUUGAGGGAAUACAAUCUAAAAUUUGGUACAAUUCUCAAUGAUCCAGACUUGGCCUCCUUCAGAGCUUUGCCUGAAUUCAAAGAACUGCAAGAAGAGGCGAGGCUGGGUGGGGAAGAUGUUGGCUCCAGUUUUCGAAGAGAUCUGAAACUUAUCAGUGAAGUUCAAGCACCAUUUCGUGGGAUUAGAAGAUUCUUUUACGUAGCAUUUACAGCAGCUGCAGGAAUAUCGUUAUUUUUUAAUGUACCGAGGAUAUUGCGUGCAAUUCAAGGGGGUGACGGUGCUCCAGAUGUCUUGGAAACUGCUGGCAAUGCUGCCGUUAACAUUGGAGGUAUUGUUGUUUUUGUGGCAUUAUUCCUUUGGGACAAUAAAAAAGAGGAGGAGCAGAUUGCGCAAAUAUCCCGAAAUGAGACGCUAUCAAGAUUGCCUUUGCGCCUGUCAACCAAUCGCGUAGUUGAACUCGUGCAGCUAAGGGACACAGUUAGGCCGGUUAUAAUAGCUGGGAAAAAAGAAACAGUGACUUUAGCUUUGCGCAAGGCAGAGAGAUUUCGCACUGAUCUCCUUAGACGUGGUGUUUUGUUAGUUCCGGUCAUCUGGGGAGAAGGUAGAGAAACCAAAAUUGAAAAGAAAGGUUUUGGCCUUCAACCAAAGGCUGCUGAGGCUCUUCCAUCUAUCGGGGAAGAUUUUGAGAAGCGAACACAGUCCGUAACUGCACAAUCAAAAUUGAAAGCUGAAGUUAGGUUCAAGGCUGAGGCUGUCUCGCCAGCAGAAUGGGAAUGGUGGAUAAGAGAUCAACAGAAGUCUGAAGGAGUUCCAGUUGGUGAAGACGUGUACAUAAUACUGCGCCUAGAUGGGCGAGUUCGAAGAUCAGGGAGAGGUAUACCUGACUGGGACCAAAUCGCAAAGGAGCUUCCACCAAUGGAAGCAAUUUUAAGCAAGCUGGAAAGAUGACAAGUAGUAUUAUGUUGCCUUCUAUUCUUCUAGAAUUUGGAGAAUUUUAUUUUAUUAUUUCACACAACAAUAUUUAUCUGUGCCAAUAAACUAAACAUUGUACAUUCACGUCUCCGCUAUCACAACUAUAGACAAUUGCAAAGUAAAUGUUACAAUUAAUAAGUUUUAAUGGAAGAAAUAUUACUUUAAGUCGGA